AUGCUGUGGGCCCUCUUGUCUGGUCCAGGAAGGAAAGGAGGCACCCAGGGCUGGGCCUUCAGCUCAUGGCCACCCCAUUCACCUCUGGCUGGGCUGGUGAGUGCCACAGAGCUGGUCAGCCACUGGACAGCAGUCUUUGAAGAGAGAGGCAUCCCUGAGGCCCGGGAAUCCAGUGAGUACAUCGUGGCUCAUGUCCUUGGAGCCAAAACAUUUCAGAGCCUGAGGCCAGCACUUCGGAUCCAGCCCCUGACCCCUCAGCAGGUACAAUGCAUCCAGGAGCUGAGUAGCUACAGAUUGCAGAGGAUGCCGGUGCAGUACAUCCUCGGAGAGUGGGACUUCCAGGGUCUCAGUCUGAAGAUGGCACCCCCAGUAUUCAUCCCUCGGCCAGAGACAGAGGAGCUGGUUGACUGGGUGCUGGAGGAGGUGGCCCAGAGGCCCUGUGCAGCAGACACCCAAGGCAGCCCCCUCAUCCUGGAGGUAGGCUGCGGAUCGGGAGCCAUAGCCCUCAGCCUGCUGAGCCAGCUCCCCCAGAGCCGAGUAAUUGCUGUGGAUAAGGGGGAGGCUGCCAUCUGCCUGACCCACGAGAAUGCUCAGAGGCUUCAGUUGCAGGACAGGAUUCGGAUUGUCCCCCUUGAUGUGACUUUAGAGAGAAGCUGGGAACACCUUUCGCCCUGGGGCCCCGUGGACUUGGUGGUCAGCAACCCUCCUUAUGUCUUCCACCAGGAUAUGGAGCAGCUGGCUCCCGAGAUCUGCAGCUACGAAGACCCAAUGGCCCUGGAUGGUGGGAAGGAGGGCAUGGACAUCAUUUUCCACAUCCUGGCCCUGGCACCCCAGCUACUGAAAGACUUUGGAAGCAUCUUCUUGGAAGUGGACCCAAGGCACCCAGGGCUUGUUGGGAGCUGGCUCCGGAGCCGGCCUGACCUGCACCUCAAUCUCAGGGCUGUACGCGGGGACUUCUGUGGGAGGUAG